ACAGUCGAGUAAGAAAUCGAGAACAUUCAGUUCCAGUGCAUUUUUCAGUGAAGUAACACUCGUGUUCACCCCCAUUUUCAUCUUCUCUGGCACUCUAGCGUGUGUGAUAUCCGGUGAGGCAGCGCAGAACACCCCAAAGGAGCGGAGAAUCGGUGUGAGGGCAGCAAGAGUCGCGGAAGUCUCUGGCCAUCGUGCUGAGAAACGUGUGAACACCUCGGGAAUCUAACCUAGUGACGGCGCCAUGGCCAAGUGGGGCGAAGGAGACCCGCGGUGGAUCGUGGAGGAGCGCCCGGACGCCACGAAUGUGAACAACUGGCACUGGACAGAGAAGAACGCCACGCCGUGGUCCAAGGAGAAACUGCGGGCGCUACUGCUGGACUUUGUGGUGGACGAGGGCGGCGCGCUGGUGUCCGUGACGGAGGUGGAGAAGCUGGAGGGCGAAUCGUCGGCCAACAACCGCAAGGGCAAGCUCAUCUUCUUCUACGAGUGGAACAUCGUGGUCAAGUGGCAGGGCGUGCUGCCCGGCGAGGACACGCCAGGCACCGGAAAGCUCACCAUUCCCAACCUGUCGGAGGAGAACGAUCUCGCGGACAUCGACGUGCAGGUGACCGUGGACGAGAGCAACGAGGUGUCCGAGCGCCUCAAGGAGUUCCUGUACAAUGUGGGCAGAGACAAGGUGCGGGAGCUCCUGGGCGUGUACGUGCGUGAGCUGCGUGAGGAGUUCUCCAAGGGCAUGAUCCUGCCGAAGAAGGACGGCAGCGCGCCGCCCGCCAAGCCCGACGGCGUGUCCAACAUCAAGAGUGGCUUCAACAAGAAGAUCACCAUCGAUCCGGUCGUCAGUUCGCAGCACUCCAAGGCUUCGGGAGGGCACAAAAUCGACGUGGUCACCAUCACAGCGUCCGAGCGGUUCCAGUGCCAGGCGAACGCCCUGUACGAUGCUCUCACGCGCGUGGAAAUGGUCACGGCAUUCACCAGAGCACACGUGAAGAUGGACCCAGUCAAAGGCGGAGACUUUGCUUACUUUGGCGGCAACGUGAGCGGCAAAUUCCAAGAAUUGGUGCCCAGUGAGCUCAUCAGGCAGACGUGGCGACUGAAGCAGUGGCCGGAGGGACACUUUUCCACGGUGCUGAUGAAGAUCGAGGAGAUGGAUGACCACACAGUGCUGACGCUGACGCAAACCGGCGUCCCAGCGGCCGAGGAGGAAGUGACGCGGAACAACUGGAAGCGCUACUAUUGGGAUAGUAUUAAGCAGACGUUCGGAUUUGGGAGCUUUUUAGGGUAGAUCAAUCAAGGAUAUAAUUUAAAUGAAAUUUCGCUAACUCACGACCGGAGGAAUCUUUUGAUUUUUGGAUGCUUGCUUAGCGUGGCGCAAUUGUGAAUCAUCUCAAUCUGUCUUGGGAAAGCGUGAAGGAAGAGUAAAUAGAUUAAUUUAACGAGGAUAA